AUUCAAUUAUAUCAAAAUAUUAGUUUUGUGAUUUGCUGAAGAUGCCGGACUAUUUGUGGAAACAACUGGGAAUAUCAUUAUGCGUGUACGUAGGCCAGAUUCUAGUCGGGUACUGUAUGGGCUGGACUGCCCCCGUCAUCGUGAAGCUGCAGAACCCCGAUGAGACACCCUUAUCGGGGCCCAUCUCUGAUGCACAAGCCUCGUGGGUGGCGUCUGUGAUCUACAUUGGUACUAUUACUGGGCCUUACGUCUCCGGGUACUUAUCAAACAAGAGAGGUCGGAAGCUGGCUCUCUUCUUAGGAGGGUUUGUGACCCUGAUAUCCUUCAUCGUCCUGGCCACAGCCGUCAAUAUGUCCAUGCUGCUCGCUGGGAGGAUCUUCGUCGGCUUCGGAACGGGGAUCAUGUUCGUCACCAACUUUGUGUAUUUGGGGGAAAUUGCAUCCACAAACAUCAGAGGCUUACUGCUAACGGGAACAGCGAUCUUCACCACUUUUGGCACUCUCCUGGUCUAUUCCACUGGUCCAUACAUUUCUUUCGCUGCCACCUCUUACAUAGGUGUCGCUCUAACUGUGCUAUACAUAGUCGGAAUUUGUUUAAUUCCUGAAACACCAAAUUUCUACGUUAUGAAAGGACAAGAAAAACAAGCACAAGACACCCUCAUAUUCCUAGGCAGAGACAACGAAGUUAGCAACGUGCUGUCAACUAAAAAAGAAGAGGAAUCUUUCGCCAAUGAACUGAAAGAGUUAUUAACCAUCAAAGGAAACCGUAAAGCCCUCUCCAUAACUCUAACCCUGAACAUAUUACAGCAAAUGAGUGGAGUGGUGGUUGUAAUCCUUUUUGCGACGAGAAUCUUUGAGUUGGCAGGGUCGACGAUACAGCCGAAUCUAGCCACUAUUAUCAUUGGAGUAACGCAGUUAGUUUCUAGUAUAAUCUGCUCCGGUUUUGUUGAAAGAGUCGGCAGGAAGGUGCUGCUGCUAUGGUCUACUGCAGCAUGUUUCUUGACUCUGUCAGUUUUAGGGACAUACUUCUAUCUGGACCACCUUCAGAUUGACGUCGAAGUCAUAGGAUGGUUGCCGCUCGUCUGUCUGGUCAUUUACUUCCUAGCCUUUGAACUGGGUUUCGGCAUCAUCCCCGGCACGUUCACCGGCGAAAUGUUCCGCAGUAACGUCCGCAGCACCGGUUCGGCCAUCACCAUUACCGUCGCCUGGCUGUUCGGCUUCGGCCUUUCGUCCGCGUUCGGCUACAUGAUCGAGGCGAUUGGCGGCCAUUUUACCUUCUGGAUCUUUGGUGCGGCGUGUCUGAUCGCGUUUGUGUAUACGAUAUUCUUUGUGCCCGAAACCAGGGGCAAGACUUUGGUGGAAAUACAGGAGAUGCUGAACUGAUGAUCUUUUGGUUAGGAUAUACUAUCCGUUCGCGAUAAGUUUGCCGCUGGCGAUAUGACGUCACUCGAAGGAAAGCGUCUAUAACUAGGUAUAGCAAACUUUAAUGAAUUGAAAAAAUUGUGUAUUUGCGUAAAAUAAGACACAUUAAUUGCAUUUAAUCACUAACUAAUUGCGUUUAAUCGCGGUUGGGGGAGGGGACGCGCAUUCCACAGACCGGCAAACUUAGCGCGAACGGGUAGUAAAGCAGUUUUGUGAAUUAUUUAUUUGUCUAACAUUGACUUUAUGUAUUAUAACACUUUUGAUAAUAUUUUUAAUACUUUAUCUAUAUCUAUGGAAGCAAAAGGUAAUUGACUCAUUCACUUAUCACGAAAUCUCGGAAACUACAAGUCUCAAAUUUUGUAUGGCGUUCCUUUUAGAACGUAGGUGCUCACUAAGACGGGAUUGUACGAAACUCCACCCCUAAGGGGGUAAAACGAGAUCCACGCGUACGAAGUCGCAGGCGGCCACUAGUAUUUAAUAAAAGUUAAUGCUUGUUACAAACUGGUCAUCAGAAAGGCUUCCUUUAUUAUUUAAGUUUAGAAGUGAGAUUGAUUGUUCCUGACUUAUUUAAUUUUUUAUUUAUGUAUUUAUUUGAUUUUAUUGGCAGUUGCCACUUUACUCUUGUGAAAUAAAGUCAUAAAUAAUAUCA